AUGACCAAAGUAAAGAUAGCUGGGCUCUUUCUCAUCACUUUUUCACUGCUUCACGGUUUUGUUGCAGCAUUAAACUGCACCAGCCCAAACCCUAAAGCCUUGUUUGAUGCAUUUGAGAAAGAACUAUUUCCUAGAAAACUACUGCGACCUGUAAAGAGCUUUUCAGAUACAUUGAAUGUAUCCAUUUAUCUUACUUUGGUGGGAGUAUUAGGAGUGAAUGAAAAGGCUCAGUCAUUGACAACAUUCUUAUGGCAAGUCCUGGUGUGGAAAAUAGAGGGACUGAGCUGGGAUGAGAAGGAAUGUGGAACAAACAGAACCUCAGUUCCUCGAGAAAACCUUUGGAUCCCUGAUGUUAUCAUCUCAGAGUUCAUGGAUGAGGACAAAUCUCCCAAAACCUCCUAUGUUUACUUGUACAACUCAGGUCAUGUUGUUGAUGAUAAGCCGGUAAGAGUGGUCAGCUCCUGCCGAUUAGUAAUCUACACUUUCCCCUUCGAUAUCCAAAACUGCACACUGACCUUUGGAUCAUAUCUACACUUUGCUGAAGACAUACACAUGAUUGACGGCAUUCCCACUGACCAGAUAGUGGCACAGUCCAGACAAGUGAUUCAGACAAGAGGAGAGUGGGAGCUUGUAGAUAUCAAAGCAGGGCCAAGUACCCUGGAAAUAACUGUUGGAAACUACUCUGAGAUCAAGUACUUUAUCAUUUUGAGACGAAGGCCAAUCCUCUAUGUGAUAAACCUCCUGAUACCCAGCUGCUUCCUCAUCACAUUGGACCUCUUCAGCUUCCUGCUGCCUCCCGAAAGUGUGGAUCGGGCCUCCUUCAAGAUGACCCUCAUCAUUGGCUACACCGUUUUCCUGCUCCAUAUGAACGACCUGCUGCCUAUCACUGGAAAUACAACACCUCUCAUGAACAUUUAUUUCUCAAUCAGUCUCGCUCUGAUGGUGGCCAGCACGUUGGAGACGGUGUUUGUCACUAACAUCCAGUUCAGCUCCACCCAGUACAAUGCGGUGCCUAGAUGGCUCAGUGUCCUCGUGUUACGAUACCUAGCUGUCGUUGUUUGUCUCCCUUCAAAAAAGAAGAGCAACCGUGUCACAGUCUGCCUUCAGCCACCUGUUAGAGGAACGAAUACUUGCAUCAUCUCUUCAAGAGAUCUUCAGAGUAUCUCUGGUGAUACACCUCAGGAGAAACCCCCUCCAGAGCCGGCCCUGGAGGAGUUAGCGAAACUGGGUAGAGAUCUCACAGCCAUCCGCCUCCAGAUGGACAAACACUUCCAGGGGAACAUUACCUCAGAGGAAUGGAAAAUGAUUGGAUUAGUCAUUGACCGUCUGCUGUUCGGCUUGUACAUUAUCUUUAUCUCUACCAGCUUUAUCACCAUCUUAAGUCUCUGGUAUGCUAGUUACACAUACAUAGGUUAA